AUGACAAAAAAAAUUAAGACUAAUGAAUUAACCAUUAUCCUAGCACUGCCAGCUGAAGAGCAAUCCAGGCAAGCCGUGAUUCGUGAACUAAUCCACACUGAGGCUGAGUACAUCAAGCACUUAAUGGCGAUUGUGGAGGUUUUCAUUGCUGCGGCGCAUGCAAUUCAAGACCGUGGUAAAAUGCUAGGCAUCUGUACAUCGAAAUUAUUCUCGAAUUUACCAGAUUUACUCAACUCAAGCCUCCACUUCUGGAAUUUAACUUUCAUACCCAUGAUUGAGGAUGCUGUUAACUGUGAAAGACCGUUUGACACUGACCUCAUGGCUCAUGGAUUUGCAUGCUUCAAACAAUUACUUUGGGCGUAUGAGAAAUUCGUUGUUGACCAAAGCAAACUUCUCGAAUACUACCGUAAAUGCCAAAAUGAUGCAGAGUUUAAUGUGUACCUGGCGUGGUGCCACAGCCAGAAAGAAUGCAACAGGUUGCAACUUAACGAUUUCUUGGUCAAACCAAUGCAACGACUAACUAAAUACGGAUUGAUUUUACACAGGAUUGCUAACCACACUGAUAGUGAAUACGAGCGUUCCUCUGUAGAGGCUAUGGAAACUUCCGCGAAAAAUUAUGUGGUCGAGUUGAACCGCUGUGUCCGUCAACAUGAAGAAUUAGAGAAAAUUAUCGAGCUAGAGAAUAUGCUCAUUGCGUACGACAUGAUUCUUAAAGAUGAAGAAGUAGAAAAGAUUGAUGUCCGCGUUUUCCUGCUUACUGACAUGCUGUUAGUUUGCAGGAAACUAACUAAAGGCAAUCAGUUUAAGCUGAUUAGGCCUAAAUACAUGAUUGACAAGUUGGUACAAAUAUCCAAAUUCGAUAAACAUAAUCGUGACUUAACUGGGCUGGCAUAUAUCAUGGUGGAUGAUGUAGGGUCCUCAUAUGCCAGUUUCAUUCUCUCCGAAACGCCAAAGGACCCUAACCCUCAACUUACUCUUAAGACGUGGGAAAAUAAAGUAAAAGAGGCAAAAUUAACUUACGAACUCACGGUUUGGGUAGCUCGUAAUCCUAAUCGAGACAUCACUCGGCAAGAAGUAGAUUCGAACGCCGAAUAUACUAGGACGCGUCAUACAACUGAAGAAGGAACGAUAGAGCAUGAGGCGCGCGAGCGUGUAGCCACAAUGGUGCAACAAAGCAUGGGGGCGUCAUAUGAUCGUAACUUAUCCCCGUUAUCCCUGACAACUGACUCAUUCGAUGGAUCUCUCUCUAUAUACAAUAAAAUUGUUGUGGGCGUCAGUGCACGGCCACCAAUACCCGGCAAAAAGUGUAACAUAGUGCAUCGCACUUCAACGGUGUUUUCUUCCGGAUCUACGCCUCGUAAUUCUCGUCUUUCUAGUUUUCAGCAAUCUACGAGUGCACACUCACAUGACGAGCCACAAGCAGGGCCCAGCAGGCUUUUACAUCGCGCGAGUACUUCUGUAGAGCACCACUUACCACCGGUGCCAGAUGCAAAUGAAGGAUCUCCAUCAAUCACAGUUAGCGACUCUGAGACAGUAUCUGUACAGGCGCCGACGUUAAAUCCAGUGCCAAUUAAAAAUGCGGAUUCGAGGGAACGUUCUUCCAGCGCACAUAGUACUUUGCGCGUCCAGCCACAGAACAACGUAGCGACACUCAUUUAUAGCUUGCCUGACCUCACUAUUGAACCAAGUACACCACGUACUAUUUCUAGUCCAACACAACCAACGGCAUCAGAGAGAAUGUAUCAAUCACAUCAAGAAAUAUUACAGCGAAAUAGGCUAAUGGCAUGUCAAAAUCAACAGUACCUAUCACCAGACCACAGAGGGUCUAGCUAUCCACCACCUAGUCCUACCAGGGCCUCCCUCAAGCGUGGAUUCGCAUUUUCAUAUACCGCUAAAAAUCCUCCACUCACUAAAAUGGGACAUGUUACUAGUCAAUCGCAAAUGCAAUUGGACGCUAUAUCAACAAGUUCAGGAAAGGACGAGAAAACUAGUCCUAAAGCAAAGUCCAGCACAGAAAAAAGCGACAAGAAGUCAAAACUAACUAGCACCAGCAGGCGGAAAAAGACAGAAGAAGAAGUAAAACCUGAUGCUAGUCCGUCUCGUAAAGAGGAGAGUCCCAGCCGCCGAGAAGUCAUAAACGAUACGUUUAAGAGACAAGGUAGCUCUUGUUCUAGUUACAAAGAUGAAAGUCCUGGAACAAGUUUCAGAGAUGAAAGCCCAGGGGCAAGUUUCAGAGACGAAAGCACUAGCCCUAGUCAUAAAGACGAGAGUCAAGAAGCUAGCUAUAGAGAAGGAAGUCCUGAUCAAAGUAUAAGCAAAAGUCCUAGUCCGCGUCUUAAGGACGACAGAAGUAAACCCGUAGUGGGUCCUAGCAUAGAAAAGUAUUCUGUUCCUGAUCAACAACCUGAUAGUUCCGGGCUAGAGAAGAGUGAUACUCCUGAUUCUAACUUAAGAGAUGACGAUGAAGAUCUUGCCGGUCGCCGUGAAAGCAAGAGCUCAGAUUCUAUUCAGAAAGAAAAGAGUUUGAGUUUCAGUUUUAAAGACGAAAGCUAUGAUUCCAGUCACCGCGAAGAAAGUUUUAGCUUAAGUCAUAGAGAUGAAACUCCUUCGUCUGAUCGCAAGGAAACUUCGAGUCCAACUACUAGGAGCGUAAGCGUUGAGCCUCAUGGUAAAGAGGGUUCAGUAAAAAAACAAAAUGACAGUUUAUAUAGCAACGAAUCCAUGCAAAGCCCCGAAAUACUAGAAGAUUCUAAUAUUAAAGAUAGUCCUGACUUAAGUCAUAAAACGGAAGCCUCUAGUGUCAUCUGCAAAGAAGAUAAUUAUAAAGGAACUAUUGAUACUAUAAACAAAUAUAUUUGCCUUGAAUGUGGGCAGGCAUGCGAUGAGUAUAGAGACCAAGAUGAAGAGUCUAUCUGGAAUGUGUGGUUAUGCUCAGAGCAUGCAAAUUCUUCCCACAAAAAAGGGGAAGCAGUUUUGGUUCCCAGUUAUAGGUGUAGGUUCUCCAGUUCUAGUACUAGUUCAAUUCAAACGCAUGAAGAUCUUAGCUCGAGUACUAGCAAAGCGACAGAUGUCGAUAUUAAUAUUAAAUAUGAAGUGUUUAGUUCUAGCUCUAGUUCUGUUCACGCGCAAGAAGAACCUGAUGAAAGAUGCCAAGCAGUUCCCAGUCCUACAUCUCCACAGACAGCUCUGGAACCAGGACCUAGCUAUGAAGAGAGAGAAGAAUCCACAAGCUCGAGCAGCAAAGACGAAAAAGUUUUU